AGAUGGCCAGGAUCAAGCAGACCGCCCGCAAAUCUACCGGAGGUAAAGCUCCCCGCAAGCAGCUGGCAACCAAGGCUGCUCGGAAAAGCGCCCCAGCUACCGGCGGCGUGAAGAAGCCUCACCGCUACCGUCCCGGGACUGUUGCUCUCAGAGAGAUCCGCCGCUACCAGAAAUCCACCGAGCUGCUGAUCCGCAAGCUGCCCUUCCAGCGAUUGGUGCGUGAGAUCGCCCAAGACUUCAAGACCGACCUGCGCUUCCAGAGCUCUGCCGUUAUGGCCCUACAAGAGGCCAGUGAGGCUUAUCUGGUGGGGCUGUUCGAGGACACCAACCUGUGCGCCAUCCACGCCAAGAGGGUAACCAUCAUGCCCAAAGACAUCCAGCUAGCCCGCAGAAUCCGAGGGGAGAGGGCAUAG